GUGUUUUGAAAGACAAGCUUCAGGCUCCUGGGCGGUGUCACCUCCCCUGCUCUGGGGCUCUGGAGUUGGGCCUGGGAAUCUCGAGGCUCUCCCUUUCUGUGUUUAUAUCAUUCAGCAGGGAAAGGAUUGUUAAUGACUAAUCUGUGUCCGGAGGCACGGAGCCAAGGAAGAGAUGCUGCUGGGCUGGGAGGCCCGUGGUCACCCACAGCUUUUGCUAGAACUCCCUCCUCCUCUUCACUCCGCUGUCUCCUGGAUUCACACCAACGCAAACUCAGAUCCUGAGCAUUGGUAGAAAAAUUGCUGGGAUUUGGAGAGGAAGACUGGACUCGGAAUGCUCCCAAGGCCUUGAAAGUUCAGCUCCAACCUGAGACAAUCGAGGAGGUAGAAGACAUAUUGGGAGGAAUAAAGGAAGGAAGUAAGGAAGGAAAGAAGACCUGGAGAUAAAACUAAAAGUGAACACUGCUUCUCUUGGGUUCUGGGAUGAGUUCUGGACCACUCCCCAGGAUGAAACUUCAGACAUUUUGGGUGUUUUUUUGAAGACCACAAUAACAAAGGUGCAUUCUCAAGUAGAAAAGUUUGGAUUGGAUCAAAAAUGAAUCUCAUCCAACACUCCCACUUACCUGCUGCGGAUGAAUUUUCUCUUUCUGACAAUUUAUUUGGUGUACUAACAGAGCCAACAACAGGUCCUCUGGGGCAAAACCUAGAAGUGGAAUCGUACUCACAAUACAACAACACUCAGUUUCCUCAAGUUCAACCACAGAUUUCCUCCUCAUCCUAUUAUUCCAGCCUGGGUUUCUACCCCCAGCAGCCUGAAGAGUGGUACUCUCCGGGACUAUAUGAACUCAAGCCACUGCCCACUGAGACCCUCUACCAGGGAGAGACUGAGGUAGCAGAGAUUCCUGUGACAAAGAAGCCUCGAAUGGGCACGUCAGCCGGGAGAAUAAAAGGAGAUGAGCUAUGUGUCGUUUGUGGAGACCGAGCAUCCGGAUACCAUUAUAACGCACUGACCUGUGAGGGGUGCAAAGGUUUCUUCAGGAGAAGCAUCACCAAAAAUGCCGUGUACAAGUGUAAAAACGGAGGCAACUGUGUGAUGGACAUGUAUAUGCGAAGAAAGUGCCAGGAGUGCCGACUAAGGAAAUGCAAAGAGAUGGGAAUGUUGGCUGAAUGUAUGUAUAGAGGUAUUCGCAUCAAGCAAUUAAAUUCCACUAACUAUCUCUUAAGAAGGCAGAUGCCAGGCUUGUUAACUGAAAUUCAGUGUAAAUCCAAACGACUGAGAAAAAACGUGAAGCAGCAUGCAGAUCAGACCGUUAAUGAAGACAGCGAAGGGCGUGACCUGCGACAAGUGACCUCGACCACUAAGUCAUGCAGGGAGAAAACUGAACUCACCCUGGAUCAACAGAAUCUUCUACAUUAUAUUAUGGAUUCAUAUAGCAAACAGAGGAUGCCUCAGGAAAUCACAAAUAAAAUUUUAAAAGAAGAAUUCAGUGCAGAAGAAAAUUUUCUCAUUUUAACUGAAAUGGCUACCAGUCAUGUACAGAUUCUUGUAGAAUUCACAAAAAAGCUACCAGGAUUUCAGACAUUGGACCAUGAAGAUCAGAUUGCUUUGCUGAAAGGGUCUGCAGUUGAAGCUAUGUUCCUCCGUUCAGCUGAGAUUUUCAAUAAGAAACUUCCAGCUGGGCAUGCUGACCUAUUGGAAGAGAGAAUCCGAAAGAGUGGUAUUUCUGAUGAAUACAUAACACCGAUGUUUAGUUUUUACAAAAGUGUGGCAGAAUUGAAAAUGACUCAAGAAGAGUAUGCUCUGCUUACAGCAAUUGUUAUUCUCUCUCCAGACAGACAAUACAUAAAGGACAGAGAGGCCGUAGAGAAGCUUCAGGAACCUCUGCUUGACGUGCUGCAGAAGCUGUGCAAGAUCCAUCAGCCUGAGAACCCCCAGCAUUUCGCCUGUCUCCUGGGCCGCCUGACGGAGUUGCGGACAUUCAACCACCACCACGCGGAGAUGCUGAUGUCCUGGCGCGUCAAUGACCACAAGUUCACCCCCCUUCUCUGCGAAAUCUGGGAUGUGCAGUGAAGAGCACCCAGGGGCGGGGCCGGCCCUCUGUCUUCCUCCUAUCAUAAAGCCCAUGUGAAACUUCUCCUUCAUUUCAUUUGUGCCUGGCUUCACACAAGAAUUUUGACGAAUAUUUAUGCAGUAAUUAUAUAACUUCCACAAUUGUAAAUACGGGGCUAGGUAGAAUGACUUUCUCUACUUGUAUUUUACAUGGCUUCAGGGAAUCUUUUCUUCUAAUUGGCAUGCCCUGUUUGCCUAACUAAAUCCUUACUUCAAUUCUAUUUGUUGAAAUAGGGAAAAAAUCUCAGUUUGCUCUUCAUCUUCCCUUAUUGCAUAUAUUUUAUUAAACAGUUGUGUGCACUUUUGGCAAUAAACUGAACAUAAUGGCAACAGGCUUUUAUUUGAGAACAGAAAUUGAAAAAAUACACAAACUCUUAUUUCUUUAAAUGAUGAAUGACAUCUUAUUGAGCCCAAGGGGAUAAACUACAAAAGGAUAAACUCUCACAAUACUAAUGCUACAUUUUUUCAUCCCUGGUGAAGCCCUGGUGAAUAUUCAUUCAUUUUUAGUAGCCCUCUGAUCAUUUCAUUUUCUUUGAAGUUCAAAGAGAAUAACAUGCAGAAAAAUGAUUAUCAUAUAAAAUAUUCCCCAAGCAUAUUAGUUAUGCUUUUAGGGGGACUACUUCCCGUAGUCGGAGUCUUGAGGCAGCAUUUACAAAUUCAGAGUAUGCAGAGAGCUCCAGUGAUGGGACAGCCCUUUUCUCUAUCGAAAGUGCUCACUGUGGGUUUCAGUGCAUAUAAUUAAUCAUUUUGUUUUGUUUGCUUUUGGAAAACACUCCUUCAGCCUGGUGCACAGCUAUUGUAUACUUCCCCCCAAAGCAGGAAUUAGUUCAUUUCCUUCCUUCAUUGUUAUACUGUUGCAUUCUCCCUCCCAUUAUCCGUUGGUGAAUACAAUAAAACA